AUGGAGCCCCGUUUGGCUGCUGGUCGUCAAGCGACUGAACAACGUGUGGAAUUGACUCGACAAAGUGUCAACAACAAGGCAGCUGAGAGCGCUUCUGCACUAGCGGAUCAACUCGUUCUCGAAUUCCUCGUCAUGGAGCUCACGGAGCCGCAAGCCGCACAAUUAGCAAAAACCGCUGGUGAUGGAGCACAACUUCAGUUUAUAAGCAAUAUGUUCGAUAAAAAUCCGAUUCUAGAACGUCUGGCCGCGAGUGCGGUGGCUCAAAUUCUGGGACCUGCUGUGCAGCGAAACACACUCCAUCAACACGAAGAGUUUGAUGAAUCUGCUAUUACUGUUGAGAACGCACAACACCUGCGUUUAUUGUACCAAAUCCGUGAAGUUCUUCAACGUCGGAAUACUCAGCAUCAUGCGAUGCAUGUCAUAGCUGAAGCACCUCGAGCAUCCACCACAACUACCACAUCCAUCCCAACUCAAGCACAGCAGCAGGAUCUUCUCUGCCUAACUAACGCUGCUGCUUGCUCUAGACAAUGCGAAAACUGCGGAAACAGUCAGCAGAAAUUCACGUAUUUAGCACAUUUAAUGCAAAAAUUACGCGUUGGACCCAGCAACAUGAACUACGUCUCUCAACGUGAAAUCGAGUCUGGACUCUUCAAAACUGCAACAACAUUUAAAAAUACAAGCUCGGCACAAAUAGUGACGCAUCAAAGAUCCGCGGUGCGAACUUCGAAAACUACGGAAAAGAUGGAGGGUAAUGAUAUGACCAUGUCUGUGAAAAUCUAUAUUCCAUCCCCGCCACCCGGUAUAAAGUGCAGCUACAUUGGACGCCUGAUUGGACCGAAUGGAAUAACAAUACGAGAACUGCAACUGGAAACUCGUUGUCACAUCGCAGUUCGGGGAAGAGGAAGCAUCAAGGAUAGCAAGUUGUACCGAAAGAUGCGUCAUAAACCUGGUUUUGGACAUCUUAGAGAAGAUACGCAUGUGUUGAUUGAAGCAAAAGCUCCGAAUCGCGCAGAGUGCCGGUCAUUAAUCGAAAAGGCAAAGAAGCGCAUUUCGGAUAUGUUUACGCCGGAAUUCGACACCCUAAAAAGGGAACAGCUUAUUCAUCUGGCAAUGCUGAAUGGAACAUAUCGACAGAGCUCACCACAGCUGAUAAUUUGGGCGGAAGGUUACGGAGUUUUCCUUCCAAACGCGUCAAUUCUACAUUUGGAGAAUAUUCGAUCAUCAGCUACAAACACUACUUCGAUGCCAGAAUAA